UGUGAAAGUGUUUGCGAGGUUGUGGUAAUGUCUGGGAGAGGAAAGGGCAGUGGAGGGAAAGCUCGCUCGAAGGCCAAGUCCCGGUCGUCCCGGGCUGGCCUGCAGUUCCCGGUGGGCCGUGUUCACAGGCUCCUGAGAAAGGGUAACUAUGCUGAGCGUGUGGGUGCCGGAGCGCCGGUCUAUCUGGCUGCGGUGCUCGAGUACCUGACGGCUGAAAUCCUCGAGCUGGCCGGUAACGCGGCCCGGGACAACAAGAAGACCCGCAUCAUCCCCAGGCACCUCCAGCUGGCCGUGCGCAACGACGAGGAGCUCAACAAGCUGCUGGGAGGGGUGACCAUCGCUCAGGGCGGGGUGCUGCCUAAUAUCCAGGCCGUGCUGCUGCCCAAGAAAACCGCCGCAGGGGGCUCCGCGAAAAAGUGA